AUGGCCUGCGGCGCGCGGUCAGCCUUGCCGGGCGGCCACGACCUUGGCGAACAGCUGUAUUUUACGGGCCCAAACCAUUCGUUUGAGGAUGGCGACAAGCUCACGCACGGCAAGCAGGGCGAGGUCGUCGGCCCUGCGACCGGCGAGCACCAAGGUAAUGGCCUGAAGAUGCAGUUUCCAGGGAACAAAGUCUCCAUAAACUGCUCUCUGUCAAACCUCAGACGCGAGCGGCCGCCGCCUCUGCCGGGCGAUCACGACCUUGGCGAACAGCUGUACUGGACGGGACCGAGCCAGUCGUUUAAAUCUGCAAACACGCUCGCGCACGGCCAGCAGGGCGAGGUCGUCGGCCCUGCGACCGGCGAGCACCAAGGCAAUGGCCUGAAGCUGCUGUUUACAGGAAACACGGGCCCCAUAAACUGCUAUCUGCCCUGGCUCAGCCGCGAGAAGCCGCCGCCUCUGCCGGGCGAUCACGAGACCGGCGAACAGCUGUACUUCACGGGACCGAGCCAGUCGUUUGAGAGUGGCGAUAAGCUCACGCACGGCCAGUCGGGCGAGGUCGUCGGCCCUGCGACCACGGCAGCGCACCAAGGCAAUGGCCUGAAGAUGCAGUUUCCAGGGAACAAAGUCGCCAUAAACUGCUCUCUGCCCCGGCUUAGCCGCGAGAAGCCGCCGCCUCUGCCGGGCGGUCACAGGCUUGGCGACCGGCUGUACUACACGGGCGUGAACAAGUCGUUUAAAUCUGGAAACAAGCUCAUGUACGGCCAGCAGGGCGCGGUCGUCGGCCCAGCGACCGACAAGCACCAAGGCAAUGGCCUGAAGCUGCAGUUUCCAGGGAACAGAAGCUCCCAAUCGGUCAACAUCGCCUCCCUGAGCCGCGACGAUCCGUGCGCCGUGUCCUCCGUGCCCGAGAAUGUACUGCGAGCGCGCCGAGCGCUUGCCGCGCGCAGGGAGGAGCAGGAGCGGGCUGCAGCGGCGGCGGCGUCGCGGGCGGCAGAGGACAACGCAGCGGAGGCGGAGCGGCGGCAGCAGCUGGCGGCGGAGCUCCUGGAGGAGGAAGCAGCGGCCAAGGCGCAGCCUCCCCUGCAGGAGGCGGGAAGGAGGAGGAGGAAGAAGCAGAGUGGCUUUCGCGGGUCGAGGAGCAGCACAACCGAAGGAGCAGAGGGAUCGGCCGACUGCAGCGACUCCACCUCUAGGGCGGCGCCAGCGCGCGAGUCGGCUUCAGAGAGCGACGAGGAGGAGCGCGUGACGCCAGCCGAGGAGGCGCGACGGGCGGAGGAGUCGGAGCGGGCGGCGCGGCAAGAGAGGCAGGCGAGGCUGCUCGAGGCGGCGCGGCGGGAGAGGGAGGAGCGCUUGGAGAGGGAGGCUAGGGCUGAGGCGGCGGCCGCGGCUGCGGCGGAGAGCGAGGCUCGCGGCAGGCGACAGCAGGCGGCGCGAGCGGCGGAGGAGGAGCGGAAGCGAGCGGUGCGGCAAGCGCUGGUGGACGAGAUGGAGGCGCAGGCGCGGCAGGAGGAGGCGGCGCGGGCCGCGGCACCGCUGAGGACGACGCAGGCUGAGCAGUCCAGCACGCGGUUGGCGAUCGAGCAGGCACUCUCCCAGGCUAGGUCAGACGCAGCUGUGGCGAGAGUUCGCGAGGCGACGGCGGGGUCAGAGGCGGAACAGGCGAGGCUGGAGGCGGAGGCAGCAAGGGCGAGGGAGGAGGAGGCGAGGGGGCGGGAGGAGGCGGCGAGGUCAGAGGCGGAAGAGGCGACGGCACGCGAGGAGGCGCUCACCGUGCGACUCGCGGCGCUCGAGCUAGGACCCCCACCGGCCGCCUCGCCACCGACAGCCGCAAACAACGCUGUGGGAGGAGACGUUGGCAGCCCCUGCCGCGCCACGCUGCCGCAGAAGGUCUCGCGGAUCUGUGCGCAUUUGGGCCUGGACGCGCGCUCCUCGCUCUCUGCGGCGGUGGCGGCGGCGAACGAGAGCACAGGGGUCGCCGCUGAGGGCGGGCUUCUGCAACAGGUGGACCGGCUGAUCGCGAUGCUGUUUGGGGGACCGCAGACAGGUAUCGGUCCAGUGCGAUAUGACGUUGACGAUGCGAGUGAGGAGAGGCACUUCAAUUCGGAGGCGCUGCUCUACUCCCGCGCCGCCGCGGCGUACCAGAUCCUCUCCUCGGGCAGCUGCGAGGCGCUGGCCAAGUUCGAGAGCGGCCGUCCGCCCACCGGCUCGGACAACGCGCUGCGCCUCAAAAACGAGGCUGGUCGCUCGAUGGCUUCGGCGCCCAAGAAGCGGCAGCUCGGCAAGGUGUUCGGCCUCGGAGCGAAGACCGCCAUCGACCUCGUCGAGGCGGCGGUGAGUCUUCACCGCUGCCGGGUCAUCGCGCAUGCCCGCCAGUGCCUCGCCACCUGCCCUCCGCUCACCCUGACCGAGGUCACCUGCGGUGGCGCCGGCGACGUGGACGGCGCGGGCGCCAGCCUCGCCACCCACCUUACGGAGUCGAUGCGGGCCUGGCCGGCGCAUGCCAGGUGCGGCUUACCUGCCUCGGCGGACUCAUGGGUCGAGCUCAUGGCUCGCCCGGCUACCUGGAUCGACGAGCCUUUCUUGAGGCUGUGUGCCCACCUCAAGGAGGUCGAAAUCGAGUACCGGGCGGUGACCGCCGACGGCGCACGGGCACGGGGCGGCGUCAUCCGGCCCACGCCCCCGUGCGCUGCCACCGCCCGCGUCGUGCUUGCCCUCUGGGUUCAACAGCACUACACGGCGAUCCUGCGCGUCGUCGACUCACCCGCACCCGCUCCAGUCGACCUGCUUGGGGGUGACGCGUCGGCUGGAGUUACGACCCAAGGCCUCGACCUCUGGCUCGUGCCCGCCGCGUCGCACUCUACCGCGACGGAGGCGGAGGAAUGGGACGCGCCGACCGCGGGGGAGGACUCGUCGCUGCCCGCGACCCCGAUCAGGCCUGGCCCGCCCGACUUGCCCAGCCGGCCCCUUCGCGGAGAGUCCGCGCGCCGGCCGCCGGCCAAGCGAGCCCAUCCGGGCGGCACCAUCCGGUCCAACGCUGGGGAGGCGCUCCGCAGCAUGCUCCGGCGGAAGGCGUCUGAGGGCGUGGCCCUGACGGUGAGCCAGCGCGCCGUUGAGGGAGCGCUUGCCCGCUGGGACGAGGGCGCCCCCACGCCCGAGGACACCGCGCUCCUCGCUCCUUUCCCGAUGGCAGCCCCCAAUGACCGUAGACAGAAAUGA